AUGCGCACACAGUGUGUGUUUCUAUUCCUGUGUUUCGUCCUGCGGGCCGGUCUAUCGCGAGGUCAACGCAUCACCAUAGCAUACGACGAAGGGCGUAUUGUUGGGGGCCAGAGGACCAGUAUCGAGGAACACCCGUACCAAGUGUCCCUGCGACAACGCAAUCGGCACGUCUGCGGCGGCGCCAUCAUUAGCGAGGAUUGGAUCAUCACCGCGGCUCACUGUGUGCAAUAUGCUGGCUCUUUCCCGCGAUACCUCGUGAUAAAAGCGGGUACCUCCGAUCUCAACGCGGACGGCACGGUCGUACGGGCGAAAGAAAUUAUUACUCAUGAGAAUUACAGCCGUCGGAACAGCGAUUAUGACAUCGCCGUAGUAAAGCUGGAGGAACGGCUCGUGUACAAUCGCCAAAUAAAACCAAUUUCGCUGGCGUUGAUGGCCGAUCAUUAUGCCACCCAUAGCGUGGCGGUGGUUACCGGCUGGGGAGCAUUAAGAAGCAACGGCUUGUCGACCAAUCAGUUACGCAAAGUGGAAGUGCCCCUCGUUUCGAAUGCAGAGUGCUCGAGUUUAUACGAAAACCGCACGAUCACCUCGAGGAUGCUGUGUGCGGGUUACACGAAUGUCGGCGGCAAAGAUGCCUGCCAGGGCGAUAGCGGCGGCCCAUUGGUGCAGUACGGUCGUCUGAUAGGAGUAGUGUCCUGGGGAUUCGGCUGCGCGGAUCCAGCAUAUCCCGGGGUGUACACGCGUAUCGCGGCUCUUCGUGACUGGAUAGAGGAGAAAACCGGCGUGUGAGUGAGUGUCAAUCGUUCGAUCUGCCAGUUGUGUCGGAACAAGGUUCGCCUUUUCGCAAGUUGAUAUUGCGGGUCGCUUUAUUUAGAAAAGAAAAGGCGAUAACACAGAAUAUUCAUUUUCGUUGUUCUUCUUUACUUUCUCGCAAAAAUUAUCGCUCUCUACUUCAAUUUCAGUGUUCUCUACUUUCAGUGUUUAAUAAAGGAACUUCUCUUGUAACGUACACGCAAGAGCCGCAUGAUAU